AUGAGGGAGCACCCUCUCAUCUCCACCACUGAUCUGGCUAACCACAUCGAGCGACUCAAGGCCAACGAUGGACUCCGCUUCUCACAGGAGUAUGAGGUAACUACCCCUACUCUGCUUUGCCCUGCUGACCACCACUGGUUGUCUACGACCCAGUUCCUUCAUCUAUAUUCUUUAUAGCCUCUAGAUAUAUUGUCUCUAUAGUCUCUAGAUCUAUAGUCUCUAGAUCUAUAGUCUCUAGAGCUAUAGUCUUUAUAGUAUCUAGAUCUAUAGCAUCUAGAUCUAAAGUCUCUAUAGUCUCUAGAUCUAUAGGCUCUAUAGCCUCUAGAUUUAUAGUCUAUAGGAUCUAGAUCUAUAGUCUCUAUUGUCUCUAUAUCUACACUGAGUGCACAAAACAUUAAGAACACCUUCCUAAUAUUGAGUUGCAGCAGCGUUGCAGUUCCUGACACAAACCGGUGCACCUGGCACCUACUACCAUACCCCGUCCAAAGGCACUUAAAUGUUUUGUCUUGCCCAUUCACCCUCUGAAUGGCACACAUACACAAUCUGUCUCUCAAUUUUCUCAAGGCUUUAAAAUCCAUCUUUAACCUGUCUCCUCCCCUCCAUCUACACUUUUGGCCUAUACUACACAGCUGAUUCAAAUAAUCAACUAAUCAGCAACCUUUGAUCAUUUGAACCAGCUGUGUAGUGUUAAGGCAAAAACCAAAACGUGCACCCCUUGCGGUCCCAAGGUCCAAAUUUGGGGAGUGCUGCUCUAUAGUCUCUAGAUAUAUAGUCUCUAGAUCUAUAGUCUCUAUAGUAUCUAGAUCUGUAGUCUCUAUAGUCUCUAGAUCUAUAGCCUCUAGAUCUAUAGUCUCUAUAGUAUCUAGAUCUAUAGCAUCUAGAUCUAUAGUCUCUAUAGUAUCUAGAUCUACAGCAUCUAUAUCUAAAGUCUCUAUAGUCUCUAGAAAUAUAGUCUCUAGAUCCAUAGCCUCUAUAGUCUCUAGAUAUAUAGCCUCUAUAGCGCUAGAUCUAUAGUCUCUAUAGUCUCUAGAUCUAUAGUCUCUAGGUCUAUAGUCUCUAGAUCUAUAGUCUCUAAGUAUCUAGAUCUAUAGUCUCUAUAUUCUCUAGAUCUAUAGUCUCUGUCUCUAGAUAUAUAGUCUCUAUAUUCUCUAGAUCUAUAGUCUCUAAGUCUCUAGAUCUAUAGUCUCUAUAUUCUCUAGAUCUAUGGUCUCUCUCAACAGACUAACUCAACACUUUGAUUCUGGCAGACACACUGGCUGCAAUCACUUCAACCUUAGAUAUACCAAUGUUCCCUCAUCUCCCUCUUCAACAUACCAGCUUCUGAACAUGGCUAGUGUAAAGAAUGAUUUAGUAAAUCUUGAGGGUUGUUGGUCCAGGGAGUUUCUAAUAGUUUGUAAUAGGCCAACCAUUCCUCACCCCACCUUGACUUAAAUAACAUCUAUUAUGUGUCCAGGUAAUUCUGCAUAAUGAUUUUGUUUCUGCAUCCAGCUGCACUUUGCUACCUGUACAUUUCGCUCUGUGUAAGUUCAGAGCUGGUUUAGAAGCAUGUUACUAAGUAUGCAUGAAUUCUAUCCCUCUCUCUGCUUCCCCGCUCCCUUCCAAUAAUAUUAUUCCAGUGCACCUACCUACUGUAAAAACCAGUGAGGGAUUAUGCCUUGUUGUUGUCCUACAAAGGAAGGUGAUUUGCAUUUAAAGUGGUGAAUUUCCAGCCGGAUAAAGCAGGACAGAUGGGAGCACUGUUUACCGCGGAGGGAGUGUAUAUUAAUUAUAAAACAGCAUCUAGGGUUGCGUCCCAAAUGGCACCCUAUUCCAUAUUGGGCCCUGGACAAAAGUAGUGCACUAUAAAGGGAAUAGGGUGCCAUUUGGGAUGUAUCCUAGACCCUAGAUAAACUUUUCUGUGUUUACCUGUUUCCAGUCAGUGUGUUAUUCAGUAUAGUAAUGUGUUGAGAGUGAAACAGUAUAGCUGUCAUGUUAGUUUAUUCACCACUCAGAGAGUGACGAAAGCGUUGAGACAGGAACGAGGAGAAAUUGUCUGAUGAAGUGGGUGGAAGCAGGGUUCAAACUCCACACUAACUAUUAGACACACACACAACACACACACACACACACACUACAGAUUACCUCAGUGCUGUUUAUUAUGAGAAAAUCAAAGAGGAUGCAGCUGGAUGGAACAGCUUAUAUGCAUUUUGUUUAUUUCGUUUUCUGAGUUGUCAUUAAAUGAGUUUUCAGGCACACAUAUACACACACACACACACAUACACACACACACACACACAUACACUAAUAGUUAGUGUGGAGUUUGAACCCUGCUUCCACCCACUUCAUCAGACAAUUUCACCUCGUUCCUGUCUCAACGCUUUCGUCACUCUCUGAGUGGUGAAUAAACUAACAUGACAGCUAUACUGUGUAGCUCAGUUGGUAGAGCAUGGUGCUUGCAAUGCCAGGGUUGUGGGUUCGAUUCCCACGGGGGACCAGUAUGAAAAAAUUUAUGCACUCACUAACUGUAAGUCGCUCUGUAUAAGAGUGUCUGCUAAAUGACUAAAAUGUAAAAUGUAAUACACACACACACACACACACACACACACACACACUAAUAGAACUUACUCAGCCACCCCAGCCCACCUCUACAUGGAGCUAUUUCCACACAGUGUCAGGGCAGCAGGCCUUGAAAUUAAACCAUCAUAAUGGCUCUAUUGAAAUGAGAGGAGCCAGGGUUCACACAGCUUGUUAAAUCUGACUCUGAGUCUGUGACCAUAUUCACUACUUUUGACCAGGGCCCAAAAUGUCCCCACUUGUCCGAAUGUUCCUUGUUUUAUAAUCCUUGCGAGGACUUCUGGUCCCCACACAAAUAGUAAAACAAAAAACACACACAUUAGUGUAAGUAUAAUCCUAAUACAGUCAUCACCACUCAAAGUGUAGUAGUCCUCAGAGUAUACUGUGAGUGUCUUUAGUUGAUUAUAAAUACGGUUUGACAGUUUUAGUAGUCAGGGAUAGUUGGCCCAUCCUUUCAACUGUUGUCUUUUAAAGGUGAACAGAGCAAUUGGGUAGAAUUAUGUUAAUAGCUCAUGAAAAGUCUGAGUUAAAAUUCUCACUCUCGUUUGUAUGGGCAACACACACACACACACACACACACACACACACACACACACACACACACCCACGCACGUACACACACACAUGCACAUACACAUACACACACACAUACACACACACACACACACACACACACUUUACUCAUCAUUUCCUAUGAUUAGUGAUUCAUGAUCACUGCCAGCUACUGAGUGGUGAAUGCUGCCUAGCGCCAGGCCAAGAUUCUCACUAGGGAAUCUUUCAUUCUGUGCUGUAUUCAGACAGGUGAAAACACUGACAGUUGUUAGUUGAUUAGCCAUGUUGUCCAACUCCAACGUUUCCUCGGCUAGUAGUGGGGACGGAUGCCUUCUGCUGACACAGAGGAAGGAAGCAACACCAUAUGCUCAGGGAGCACCGAAUUAGCCAGAUAUAACACAUUUAGGAUUGGGACUUUGCAAACAAUUUAUCUGAGCACUUGGCUGGUAAUGUACGCUGAGGAGUGACAACAGGUGUUAAUCAGGCUUUUCACCAGACACAAUCACUUUCUAAUGUGCCUCGCUAGAUUAGGAUAUCAUCGGAAGAAGAAUGGGAGGCGCUUUUUAAAUAGCGUCGCGUCGCUGCUGCGUCGCUCAGUUAUAGCAAAUGAUGGGUCUUUUUAACAUUUCUAGUGCGUUCGAUGCACUGCAUUGCCCAUGUGCCUGUUUUUCCCCCGGUGGAUCUGUAGACAGGUCCCAUAAAUUACAACAAGCACACCACACACACACGCGCAUACACACACACACACCAGUGUUUCCCAUAUAUGCAUUUAGCAGCUGCGCACCGCCGCUGCUAAAUCGUGGCCGCCAUUGCAAUUUAAAAAAAUAAUGUAGAUGUAUAGAUGUAUGCACGAGGAAGACUCCAUCCGCCACCCCACCCCUCUGCAGGAAGACCCCCCCCCCCCCCCCCCCCCCCCCCCCCCCCCCCCGCCCCCCACACACACACACACACACACACAAACACACACACACACACACACACACACACACAUAAACAACAUCACAUCCAGUCUCCCAGGGAGGGAAUCAGAGAAGGCUUAUUGUGGAGACGGCAGGCAGGUGCAUCUUUCUCAGGUUGCGUUCCAAAUGGCAGUCUAUCACUAUUCAAUGCACUACUCUUGGACCCUGGUCAAAAGUAGUGCACUAAAUAAGGAAUAGGGUGCCAUUUGGGAUGCACCCUGUUGUGUCUAUGAGAAAUACAGCAAACACUGUCAGCCAUCAUUGCUUCACACAUUCAUCCCACCACCAUCACACCCACACACACACUCACACACACACUCACACACACAUACACACACACACAAACACAAACACAUACGCACACACGCACACACACACACACACACAAACAAUUACACACACACAUACACACACAAUCACCCAGCUACCCUGGAACAGAUGGACUGAGGGCUGAGUCACACUGAUAGGGUGGGGAGUGUGUGUGUGUAUUUUUGUGUGUGUGUAAGCGUGUUUGUCCUGUGUAUAUUGUCAGUGCAUGUGUGGGUGGUGUGUUUGGGCAUGUUUGCGUGGAAAUAGCUAAUUAUGAUUCUGCAAUAUAUUAUCACCCCCCUCAGAGAAGCUGUUUAAAUUCUUAAAAAAUGAAUAUAUAUAUACACAAAACAGUACACCUUUCUACAUGACCAACUGCUAACUGAAGCAGUAACUCAGAAUAUUGUAAUAUGUUAAGCUUUACAAAAAAAGCUAUAUACAUAGUGUAUGCCACAAAUGGCACCCUAUUCCUUAUAUAGUGCACUACUUUUGACCAGGGCCCAUAUUGCACUGUACAGUGCCUUGCAAAAGUAUUCAUUCCUCUUGGCGUUUUUCCUAUAAUGGAUUUUUAUUUCGAUUUCAUGUAAUGGACAUACACAAAAUAGUCCAAACUGGUGAAGUGAAAUGAAAAAAAUAACGAAAAAGUGGUGCAUGCAUAUGUAUUCAGAUACCCUAAAUAAGAUCUGGUGCAACCAAUUACCUUCAGAAGUCACAUAAUUAGUUAAUAAUAAAGUCCACCUGUGUGCAAUCUAAGUGUCACAUGAUCUGUCACAUGAAAAAUAAGCAAACACGUUUGAUGUUCACCAAAAGGCAUGUGGGAGACUCCCCAAACAUAUGGAAGAAGGUACUCUGGUCAGAUGAGACUAAAAUUGAGCUUUUUGGCCAUCAAGGAAAACGCUAUGUCUCGCGCAAACCCAACACCUCUCAUCACCCCGAGAACACCAUCCCCACAGUGAAGCAUGGUGGUGGCAGCAUCAUGCUGUGGGGAUGUCUUUCAUCGGCAGAGACUGGGAAACUGGUCAGAAUUUAAGGAAUGAUGGAUGGCACUAAAUACAGGAAAAUUCUUGAGGGAGACCUGUUUCAGUCUUCCAGAGAUUUGAGACUGGGACAGAGGUUCACCUUCCAGCAGGACAUACUGCUAAAACAACACUCGAGUGGUUUAAGGGGAAACAUUUAAAUGUCUUGGAAUGGCCUAGUCAAAGCCCAGGCCUCAAUCCAAUUGAGAAUCUGUGGAAUGGCUUAAAGAUUGCUGUACACCAGCGGAACCCAUCCAACUUGAAGGAGCUGGAGCAGUUUUGCCUUGAGGAAUGGGCAAAAAUCCCAGUGGCUAGAUGUGCCAAGCUUAUAGAGACAUACCCCAAGAGACUUGCGUGGGGGGGGGAGUGAAUAGGUAUACACACUCAAGUUUUCUUUUUUUUUCUCUUAUUCCUUGUUUGUUUCACAAUAAAAAAUAUUUUGCAUCUUCAAAGUGGUAGGCAUGUUGUGUACAUCAAAUGAUACAAACCCCCAGAAAAUCCAUUUUAAUUCCAGGUUGUAAGGCAACAAAAUAGGAAAAAUGCCAAGGGGGGUGAAUGCUUUCACAAUAUAUAUAUAUAUAUAUAUAGAGUAAUAGAGAGACAUUUGGGACUUCAGUCAGUUACUGUAUGAAGUGUUUUGACAGGAUUUGAUACCAGCUGAAAUACAGGAGCUGUUCUAGCAUCACCACACACACACACACACACACAAACACACAGCUAGUCAAAAAGCAAGGCUGAGGGCUCUUCAAAUGUGUCAGGAUGCAAAGUCAAUUUUCCUCGCCGAUGUAAAUUCAGCCGCCUGCACCAAACGUUAGCAUGGUAUCUCUGCCUCACAGAGGUACACAUGGUGGCAGCCCUCUGGGCUUUUGUCUUUCUGUCUGACUGUUUCUGGGAGAAAUGGAAAUGCAGCAGUGUUGGCGAGAGAGUGUGAUUGCAGUGACAUGCACGGUAACUGAUAUUCACGUCAGCGUGGUGCAUUAGCAGUAAUGUGUGUGAUUUGUCAGAGUGACGCAGUGAAGGCUUUACCUAACAGGCUGUUAAAUAAGAUGUGCGCUCAACCUCUCUCACCAUUGUCAUUGUUAUCAGCAAGCAGACUGGGGCCCACAUGCCUUCCCAGCUAGUCAGUCAACCAGUCAGCCAGCCAGUCAGUCUGUCAGCCAGCCUGUCAGCCAGUCAGUCAGUCAGGAGGAAACCACCAGAAUGUACAGCCUUUUUUCGGUUUGUGUGUGUGAGAGAGAGAGAAAGAGGGGGAGAGAGAGAGAAAGAAGGAGUGCGAGAGAGAAAGAGGGAGUGCGAGAGAGAGAGGCAGAGAGAAAGAGAGAGAAAGAGGGGGCGAGAGAGUAAGAGGGAGUGAGAGAUAGAGAGAGGGGCAGAGAUAGAAGGGCAGAAGAUAGAGAGGAGAGGGGGAGAGAGAGAGAGAGAGGGAGGAGAGAGAGAGAGAGGAGAGAAAAGAGAGGAGAGAGGAGAGAAGGGGAUAGAUAUAGAGAGAGAGGAGAGAUAUAUAGAGAGAGAGUAAUAGAGGAGACGACUCACGAGAGCUCGUCGAGACAGAGCUCGAUUCUCUCUCCCCCUCCCUCGCGCUCGAGUCCGAGAGAGAGAGAGAGAGAGAGAGAGAGAGAGAGAGGCUAGACAGUGAAGGGGUCAGGGAGAGUUCCUAUUUGUUUUCCAGAUGAGGUGAGAUCAGUGCUCAGAACUGAAAUAUCAAUAAUGAAUAAGAAUCUAGUCUGUCAAAAUUUAGUUGGACCAGAUUAGAGCCUUUGUCCAGUGCCAGGGAUAAAUACAGGGCUCAGAUGAAUCAUCAACCUGCGUAGCAUCACUAACCCGUGCCCUGCCUGCCAUAUGCUCCGCUCUCUCCCUCACUGUGUCACAUACUGUAGUAUAGUCUUCUAUAUACUGUAUGACUACAUUUUCCACCAUGAAACAUUGUUUCAACUUCAUCUAAUAAUUUCUGGACAGCCUCCUCCAUUUUUUCUUCCUUAUUUGAUGAUAAGGUAGUAGUACCUGAUUUACUAGCUUGUAUAGUAUAUAUUUCCUAUUUCCUCUCAUCCAGCAGAAGCCUACAUACAGAUAACUCUCUCCCCCCACUUACCUGCUGGAGGUGAAUGUGAAGCUGCAACAUUGUGUGUGUAGGUGUGGGGUCCAGCCACAUUGUUCUAUUUCAUUCUGUGGGUUCUGCCCUCUCUGUGUCUAGGGGGUUGGAGGUCACGACCUCAGGCUAGGUAUAUUCAGGAAUGCUGACACAGAGGUUGUGCUUCUGCUCUGUUCACCGCUGUGACUCCUUGAUUUCAUCAGCACAGCUCUCCUUGGCCAUUAGGUGGCCCAGAGGUGGCAGAGCCACGGCCGAGAGGUGAUUUUACGACUGUACAAACAGCCCGGGGUGAAGCCAGAGUGCUGUGGGAUCACAGAGGGCUGCUUUUAUUACAGAACAGACAUUGAAAAGGAUGGGGAAUGAGUUCUGGUGCCUCCAAAAAUAUUACAGGGAAGAUGACAUCUCUCUCUCUCUCUCUCUCUCUCUCUCUCUCUUUCUCUCUCACUCUCUCCUUCCCCCUCUCCCCCACUCUCUCUAUCUCUUUCCCUCCCUCCCUCCAUCUCUCCAUUCCCCCUCUCCUUCACCCUCUCUAUCUCCCCUCCUCACUCUCGCUCCCUCUCUUCCUCUCCUUCUCUCCUUCCCUCCUCCCUCCAUCAGUCUGUAGACCCAGGCCAGCAGUUCACAUGGGAACACUCUAACCUGGAGGUGAACAAGCCAAAGAACCGCUAUGCAAACGUCAUCGCCUACGACCACUCCAGGGUCAUCCUCACCUCCGUCGAUGGUAUGUUUGGUUGAUUUGUUGUGGUAGUUGUUGUGAAGUGUUUUGGAGUUUUAUUUUGCUUUUUAAGGCUGGAUGUGGGGAGGUAAUGUGUUAUUAAGUGAGCAUAUCUCAAUAAAUAAUUAUUGUUUUAUUGUUGUGAGGUGUUUUGAGGUUAUGUUUAGUAAUAACAUCACAAUACCUCCCACCUCUGUGUGACCUCCCCCCACCCCUCCUUAAAAAGCUAAGUGAGAAUGUCUCAAUAAAGAGCAUCCAAAGUCAAGUCUGUAGACAGUAAUCUCGUACCAACUGCAAAGUCACAACAACAACAGCACAUCUCUCAACCCAAUCCCCAGGUGUGACAAUGCCUCUCCAUCAUUCACUGUAUGUCUGUCUCUAUUUGGAGUUAGUUAGUGAUGUAAAUGUAAAUGCAUCCUGAUGGUUGUGAAUGGCUCUUUCUCUCUUCUCUCUAAUGUGUUGUCCUGUGUGGGCCUGUCUCAUGCUGUGAAGGGGGUGUUGAUACCCUGCCUAUUCCCUAUAUAGUGCAUUACUUUUGACCAGGGCCCAUAGUGAUGCACUAUGUAGGGUAUAGGGUGCCAGAUGGGAAGAAGUGAUGGAGUGGGAUUGCCCUAUGGGCCCUGGUCAAAAGAAGUGCACUAUAUAGGGAAUAGGGUGCCAUUUGGAAUGCAACCCCAGUGUUUCCUAACACUGCCUUCCUUCACUGUGCUACAGGAGUACCAGGUAGUGACUACAUCAACGCUAACUACAUAGACGGCUACAGGAAGCAGAACGCCUACAUCGCUACACAGGGCCCGCUUCCUGAAACCCUGAGUGACUUCUGGAGGAUGGUGUGGGAGCAGAGGACCAACACUAUAGUCAUGAUGACCAGACUGGAAGAGAAGUCACGGGUGAGUGACUGAAUAUACACACACACACCACAAUGUCAGUACACUCACAACCAUGUACACAUUCUGUGCUGAACACACACCAUACACACCACACUGUCUCAGGACACACACACACACACACACACACACACAACACUGUCUCAGGACACACACACACGUCCUGACCGUUGAAUCACCCUGUACUCACACACUGUAACAGUCCCAGUAGUCUCACCCUGGUCUCACCCUGGUCUCACCCUGGCUCGCUAAUGGACAGGAGGUGUGAGGGUCGACUGUAAGGUGUAAAACCCUAAUCGAGGAGUUUGAAUAAACUCAGUAAAUAAUGGACACUGUGACUGCAUGAUGGCAGCUUAGAGAGAAGGAAGUUUGUAGGUGAGAAGGGUGUCACACGAGUACACACACACACACACACACACACACACACACACACACACACACACACACACACACACACACACACACACACACACACACACACGCCUUCUCUAGCCUGAUUAAUAACUGUGGAACUAAAGGGCAUCCCAUAGUGUCACACCUUUAUAAGCACUGACAGUGUUCAUUAUGCUCCUGCCAAACUUAAUAUCACACGUCUUUUUAGACCCAUGAGGGGUCAACUCAUCAUUAAAUUACCUUUCACCUUUGAACCUUUGCCCCUGUGUGUUAUCACCAGAACAGCAGGGUGUCACCACUGGCAAUAUCCCAACACCACCACUGUGUCGUCUAACCUCUAUGCGCCUCAGCUAUCAUUCUGAUUAGAGAGGAAAUUCAUGGGAGGGGAGGACCUGAAAGAGCUACGGACAGUCACAGGAAGUCAUGUGACUGUCCGUAGCAGCUGACAUGGGGGACGCAGUGACACCCCCCCUCCAGAGUGACCACCUGUCCACUCCGCUCCGUUCUGUUCUGUUUCAUUAAGCGACCAGAGCACAGGAGCUGGAGUAAUGUCAGGGACAGCAGUCAUUUCCAACUGCCUGUUAGCUAGUCUGGGUUAAAGUGGUGGAAUGCACCUGUAGGCUAAACAGAUAAAACAUCACCAAACAGGAAUUGUAUUAUCUAUCUACAUGGUCUGUGUUUGUAGGAAAUGCACCAGACCGGUACUUUUCUGAGCAGAUUUUGGAGACAGGUUUGUGGCUACCCUGUGCUCGGUCAGAUAGGUCACUUAGCUCUUGGCUGUGUGUUUGGGAAGUCCAGUGAAAUUAUGUGUCCAGGUGGUAAUCCUGCUGUCCACCAGACUGUUCAAUCACAAUGCCCUCUCACAAUGCCCUGAUCAAUGGCCCUUGAGCACCAGGCUGCUGUCUAAUCAGAAUGCCCUGACUAAUGGCCCUUUGGGGUGGAGGUCUGGAGGAGUUAAAUAAAGGUUAAAUAAAAUAAAUAAGUAAAAGAGAAGAGGCACAAGUCACGCUCUGAGCUCCAGGGUUCUCCAGGGUUUAGGCCAGUGCCAAUGUUACUAUAGCCCCCCUGGACAUGACUGUGUAGCGGAAGCCCCCCAUCUGCCUGGCACAUGCCAGCUAGGGUCCCAGAGCCUGUAGUCCCAUAGAGCUGGACCCCUAAACUCCAGCUGGCUGUCUCUCCUCUCUCCCCCCAGGACAUGAAGGAUAGCACAGUGGAGCGGAAGCACCUCAAGCUGUCAUCCUUCACUCAGCCUAAGUCCUUGUCCCAUGUCCUCCCUCUCACAGCACUUAGUUCCUGACUGUCCCAUUCCCCCAACACAAGCCCCUUCAGCCCCAGUCCCUGUCUCAUUCUGAUUCCCUCGUUCCAGUGCUCCUAUACUAAGGCUUUGGUCCAAUAUCUUCAUUGUCCUGUGUCUGUGUGUUUGUGUCUGUAACAGGUGAAGUGUGACCAGUACUGGCCCAGUCGGGGUACAGAGACCUAUGGGAUGAUCCAGGUGACCAUGUUGGACACUGUGGAGCUGGCUACCUACAGCGUACGCACAUUCGCCCUCUAUAAGGUAAGGUAUAGCAUGUACUGUAGCCUAAACGUGACCUGCUCUUGACCAGCUGGAAGGGCAAUGAUUCCGGAAUGUGUUCUCGAGCCAAUAUCAAAUCUCAUGUGAGCUAACAUGUUGUAAAUAUGAAUGUCUGUCAGAGAGUCUACCCAGAAUAUGGCCACCUGUGUGUGUCUGUGGUGUUCUGAUAGUUUUCUCCUCUCCUGCUCUACCAGAAUGGCUCCAGUGAGAAGAGAGAGAUUCGUCAGUUCCAGUUCAUGGCCUGGCCGGACCAUGGAGUGCCUGAGUACCCCACCCCCACCCUGGCCUUCCUCCGCAGGGUCAAGGCCUGCAACCCCACAGACGCAGGACCCAUGGUGGUCCACUGCAGGUAACCCCCAUCUCAGACCUGCUUCAGAGAUAUGUUCAACCUGAUGAUGACCUAAGUAUUGAAACAAACCAUAUGAAUAGAUUUCAGUGUUCGGGGUGUUUUCUGUUUUUUUUUGCUGAACAUAUCAUCUCCAGUACCUGCUCAGAAACAUAGGUUGACAUUUAUAUUUAUUUUAUUUACCUUUAUUUCAUCAAGGAAGUCAUAUUGAGAAUAAAGUAUAUUUUACAAAUGAGCCCUGCACAAUACAAAAACAAGCACAUAGUCGUGGUCAAAAGUUUUGAGAAUCACACAAGUAUUGGUCUUCACAAAGUUCGCUGCUUCAGUGUUAUGAGAUAUUUUUGUCAGAUGUUACUUUGGUAUACUGAAGUAUAAUUACAAGCAUUCCAUAAGUGUCAAAGGCUUUUAUUGACAAUUACAUUAAGUUUAUGCAAAGAGUCAAUAUUUGCAGUGUUGACCCUUCUUUUUCAAGACCUCUGCAAUCCGCCCUGGCAUGUUGUCAAUUAACUUCUGGGCCACAUCCUGACUGAUGGCAGCCCAUUCUUGCAUAAUCAAUGCUUGGGAGUUUGUCAGAAUUUGUGGGUUUUUGUUUGUCCACCCGCCUCUUGAGGAUCGACCACAAGUUCUCAAUGGGAUUAAGGUCUGGGGAGUUUCCUGGCCAUGGACCCAAAAUUUCGAUGUUUUGUUCCCUGAGCCACUUAGUUAUCACUUUUGCUUUAUGGCAAGGUGCUCCAUCAUGCUGGAAAAGGCAUUGUUCGUCACCAAACUGUUCUUGGAUGGUUGGGAGAAGUUGCUCUCGGAGGAUGUGUUGGUAACAUUCUUUAUUCAUGGCUGUGUUCUUAGGCGAAAUUGUGAGUGAGCUCACUCCCUUGGCUGAGAAGCAACCCCACACAUGAAUGGUCUCAGGAUGCUUUACUGUUGACAUGACACAGGACUGAUGGUAGCGCUCACCUUGUCUUCUCCGGACAAGGUGUUUUCCGGAUGCCCCAAACAAUCGGAAAGGGGAUUCAUCAGAGAAUAUGACUUUACCCCAGUCUUCAGCAGUCCAAUCCCUGUACCUUUUGCAGAAUAUCAGUCUGUCCCUGAUGUUUUUCCUGGAGAGAAGUGGCUUCUUUGCUGCCCUUCUUGACACCAGGCCAUCCUCCAAAAGUCCUCACUGUGCGUGCAGAUGCACUCACACCUGCCUGCUGCCAUUCCUGAGCAAGCUCUGCACUGUUGGUGCCCCGAUCCAGCAGCUGAAUCAACUUUAGCAGACGGUCCUGGCGCUUGCUGGACUUUCUUGGGCGCCCUGACGCCUUCUUCACAACAGUUGAACCUCUCUCCUUGAAGUUCUUGAUGAUCGAUAAAUGGUUGAUUUAGGUGGAAUCUUACUAGCAGCAAUAUCCUUGCCUGUGAAGCCCUUUUUGUUAACAAAGGAAGAACAAUGAUUUCAAGCACCACCCUCCUUUUAAAGCUUCCAGUCUGUUAUUCUAACUCAAUCAGCAUGACAGAGUGAUCUCCAGCCUUGUCCUCGUCAACACUCUCACCUGUGUUAACGAGAGAAUCACUGACAUGAUGGCAGCUGGUCCUUUUGUGGCAGGGCUGAAAUGCAGUGGAAAUGUUUUUUUGGGGGAUUAAGUUCAUUUUCAAGGCAAAGAGGGACUUUGCAAUUAAUUGCAAUUCAUCUGAUCACUCUUCAUGACAUUCUGGAGUAUAUGCAAAUUGACAUCAUCAAAACUGAGGCAGCAGACUUUGUGAAAAUUAGUAUUUGUGUCAUUCUCAAAACUUUUGACCACGACUGUACAACAACUGUAUAUAUUUUGAUGACUCAUGUACCGGAGGCAGCUCUGCAGGGUAGCUGGCACAGCCACAAAGUCAUAAAAUCAGAUUUUAAACCUAACCCUAAACCAAAUAAAUAGCCAAUUUUGACUUUGCCACUGUCCCGUCUAUUGGAAGAUUCAUCCCAAUAAACAUCAACCUGCCUCGGAAACAUUGAAUGUGUGCAUGUAAUCUCUUCCAAUGCCAGAUUUGUGAGUUUUUCAGUGUAGUUACAGUAGUUUCUGUCUGUGUCUGUGCAUGGCUCUACAGUUACAGUUACCUGUCUCUCCUCACAGUGCUGGUGUAGGGCGGACCGGUUGCUUCAUCGUGAUCGAGGCCAUGCUGGAGCGUAUGAAGCAUGAGAAGUCAGUGGAUAUCUACGGUCAUGUGACAUGUAUGAGAGCUCAGCGGAACUACAUGGUGCAGACGGAGGACCAGUAUGUCUUCAUCCACGAGGCCCUGCUAGAGGCUGCCACCUGCGGUAACACAGAGGUCCCUGCACGCAACCUGUACGCACACAUCCAGAAACUCACCCAGGUCACACCCGGAGACACGGUCACUGCCAUGGAGCUAGAGUUUAAGGUAGGUAGUAGCUCUCCUCCUGAACAUAACAGUACAGUUCAGUUCUAUGGUACAAACCUAGCUUGAAAAAUUGGACUGUUCGAAACCUUUAGUACUAAAAAGGGACUUAUGAUUCCACUCGGACUCGCUUAGACUUGGACUUGCUAGGGAGUUGGGAUUCAAUUUGGGCUUGAGGUUAAGUGACUUGACUGGUACAGUUACUAAUUGGGGCAUUUAGUUAGAAGCAGUAGAACAGUUCUUGUUGGUGGUGGUGUCUCAGUCUGCACGAUGCAGUGGGAGCAGGAAGUUAAUGUCUCAGUGUGUUUGGGAGCAGGAUGAAGAGGAGGAGGAGGGAUUUUCAUCCUCACACUGUAACUCUGAAAUGAAUAGAAUCUCCUAGGAGGGGUGUUCUGUUUCACUGUUUCAAUGGCUUAUCUUCUGGACUGGGGAUGAGAAACGAGAGGGAGGGGGUCGGGGGAGGGAGAGAGAGAAAGAGAGAAAGAGAGUGAUCUAGUGAGGGAGGAGUGUUAGGGCAGGCUGACCGUCUGACAGCCUGUAGAUAAAGCCUCAAUGGGUUGGAGAGCUGAUGCAUCCUGGGAUUGGGCCUACACCAUGGCUCCAGCGACUCUAUUGGUCCCCAUCACAUACUCACUAUCUGCGUCCCAAAUGGCACCCUGUUCCCUAUAUAGUGCACUACUUUUGACCAGGACCCAUAGGGCCUGGUCAAAAGUAGUGCAAUGUGUAGGGAUUAGAAUGCAAUUUGGGACGCCACCACUCACAGCCUACCGCUAUAGGAAAGCAAAACAGCUCUAACCAUUCUCCUCCUCGGGGACGCGCCGCCACAACCCAAAUGAUGUGGGUCAAACUUGUUCAGCAAGCAGGAUGAUUGUAAGUCCGUAGAAAGUAUAAUUAGGCUCCACUGGCAGGUUUGUUUCGCAAGCAAGUUCUGAAACUGACACUUUGCUUUUUUGCUACUGACAGAGUACAAUAUUAGGAGGACACCAUCAGCAAUGCCAGCAACAACAAAAAAUCACCCUCCCCCUCUCAUUUGGGAGAAGAUGGAUUUUCAGUUUUCAAAGUCUUGUGUGGUUGUAGUUUGUUAUUCCGUUGCUGUGGCAUGGAUACAGUCAGUUUGUGUAUCUAUCGUCACAGCUGUCUCCAAUGUUGUGUGGGAGUGUUUUUCGACUCCCUGACGUCUCCGUUCGUGGCUGUGGCUGUGCUGUCGACACUAAUUUUAAAGGAGAGAGAGAGAGGCGUUGUCUCUGCAUCAGCAGGUUGUUAUUUGAAGCUGGAGAACAAAAGCUCAUCAUUUUCAUGCAUCAAUAAGAGUGUUAGCUCCCAACCCCGUGCCCUCAGACAUCCCUGCUCACACACAGUAAUGCUAGGCUGGCUGGGAUCCCCAACUUUAGCACUUUGAAGAGACGGGCUAGAUAGAAGGGAAGGAAGGUGGGCGUCAAGGAAAAGCUGUGGCAACAGUCAUCUUCAGGUUAGAGGCAUAGAAAUAUAAUUACUAGAAUGGGAAAAAGACUCUGACCAAUGUGUCUGCACUUUCAUGGGUAAGGUCAAUUCUAGUAGUUACCUUUCUAUGGUUAUGGGUUGGUGUUUCUCUACAAUAGCACAAAGUUAUUUAAUCUGAUCCAUGUUUUUGAUCCAUGCAUAGAUCCGUGCAUCCCUCAACAAAACAAGUGGUGGGGCUGCCAUUUUGCAGAAAAACAAAUCCAAGAUUGUAUCUUUCAUCUGUCCAUUCCUCUUCCCUUCCUUCUCCAGAAACUGGCCAACUCGAAAGCACAUACCUCAAGAUUCAUCAGUGCCAACCUGCCCUGCAACAAGUUCAAGAACCGUCUGGUGAACAUCAUGCCUUUUGAGUCCACCCGCGUGAGUCUGCAGCCUAUCAGAGGAGUGGAGGGCUCUGACUACAUCAAUGCCAGCUUCAUCGACGGAUACAGGUGAGAUAGAGGGGGAUGAGGAGAGAAGGAGAGACGAGAGGGGAGGAGGGGAGGGGAGAAGAGGAUUGGGGGAGGAGAGAGGAGAGGAGAGGAGAGGAGAGGAGAGGAGAGGAGAGGAGAGGAGAGGAGAGGAGGAGAGGAGAGGAGAGGAGAGGAGAGGAGAGGAGAGGAGAGGAGAGGAGAGGAGAGGAGAGGAGAGGAGAGGAGAGGAGAGGGGGAGGAGGGGGAGGAGGGGGAGGAGGGGGGGGAGAGGGGAGGAGAGCAGAGGAGGAGGGGAAAGGGGAGGGGUUGAGGGGAGGAGGUAGGGGAGGAGAGUGUAGAGGAGAGGAGAGGGUAGAGGAGAUUCAGACUCAGACUGUGAGAAAACAAGACAUGACAUAUUCUGAAGACUAGAAUAAGUGAGAUGGGGGGGAUGGUGAGAAUAGAGAAGAAGAAAUAGAAGAGAGAAGAGAGAAUCUAUCCUGCAGACACAGCUCAUCUAAUGAGCGAGGAGGUGGACCUUUCCUGCAGCGACUGACAGCAGUGAAUGAUGGUGUGACAUGGAGGCCAGUGUUUUCCUGCCUCUCUUCCCUUCCCUUUGUCUUGUCAGUUGUCAGUACUGUCCAUUCCUUCUCACACUUUUCCUUUGGUAAAUAAAUAGGCUGAUUGUGACAGGUGACAAACCACUCCUAGCAGAGGAAUACAGUGAUUACCUAUUGUGAUGGCUCUGUUCAUGUCUGCUGAUAUCCACAAUCCUUUACUCUACAGCUGUCCAUCUAUGGGAAUCUGCCCAGCAACACUCAAUGGAAGAUGUACGGCUCUAAAAAAUGACAUUUUCAAUGUUAAUAUUUGGAGAAAAAACUUGAAAAGGAGAACCUAUCGUUUUCAGAGUUACAGUGCAUUCGGAAAGUAUUCAGACCCCUUGACUUUCUCCACAUUGUGUUACGUUACAGCCUUAUUCGAAAAUGUAUUAAAUUGUUUUUUCCCACUCAUCAAUCUACAUACAAUACAGCAUAAUGACAAAAUAUGACAUUUACAGUGUCUUGCAAAAGUAUUAAACCCCCUUGGCGUUUUUCCUAUUUUGUUGCAUUACAACCUGUAAUUUAAAUGGAUUUGUAUUUUGAUUUCAUGGAAUGGACAUACACAAAAUAGUCCAAAUUGGUGAAGUGAAAUGAAAAAAAAAACUUGUUUCAAAAAAUUCAAAUAAAUAAAUAACGGAAAAGUGGUGCGUGCAUAUGUAUUCACCCCCUUUGCUAUGAAGCCCCUAAAUAAGAUCUGGUGCAACCAAUUACCUUCAGAAGUCACAUAAUUAGUUAAAUAAAGUCCACCUGUGGGCAAUCUAAGUGUCACAUGAUCUGUCACAUGAUCUCAGUAUAUAUACACCUGUUCUGAAACGCCACAGAGUCUGCAACACCACUAAGCAAGGGGCAGCACCAAGCAAGCGGCACCAUGAGGACCAAGGAGCUCUCCAAACAGGUCAGGGACAAAGUUGUGGAGAAGUACAGAUCAGGGUUGGGUUAUAAAAAAUCUCUGAAACUUUGAACAUCCCAUGGAGCACCAUUAAAUCCAUUAUUACAAAUUGAAAGAAUAUGGCACCACCUGCCAAGAGAGGGCCGCCCACCAAAACUCACGGACCAGGCAAGGAGGACAUUAAUCAGAGAGGCAACAAAGAUACCAAAGAUAACCCUGAAGGAGCUGCAAAGCUCCACAACAAAGAUUGGAGUAUCUGUCCAUAGGACCACUUUAAGCAGUACACUCCACAGAGCUGGGCUUUAUGUAAGAGUGGCCAGAAAAAAGCCACGUUUGGUGUUCGCCAAAAGACAUGUGGGAGACGGUACUCUGCUCGGAUGAGACAAAGAUUUAGCUUUUUGGCCAUCAUGGAAAACUCUAUGUCUGGCGCGAACCCAACACCUCUCAUCACCCCGAGAACACCAUCCCCACAGUGAAGCAUGGUGGUGGCAGCAUCAUGCUGUGGGGAUGUUUUUCCAUCGGCAGGGACUGGGAAACUGGUCAGAAUUGAAAGAAUGAUGGAUGGCGCUAAAUACAGGGAAAUUCUUGAGGGAAACCUGUUUCAGUCUUCCAGAGAUUUGAGACUGAGACGGAGGUUCACCUUCCAGCAGGACAAUGACCCUAAGCAUACUGCUAAAGCAACACUCGAGUGGUUUAAGGGGAACCAUUUAAAUGUAUUGGAAUGGCCUUGUCAAAGCCCAGACCUCAAUCCAAUUGAGAAUCUGUGGUAUGACUUAAAGAUUGCUGUACACCAGCGGAACCCAUCCAACUUGAAGGAGCUGGAGAAAAAUAAAUCCCAGUGGCUAGAUGUGCCAAGCUUAUAGAGACAUACCCCAAGAGAAAUGCAGCUGUAAUUAUUGCAAAAGGUGGCUCUACAAAGUAUUGACUUUGGGGGGGGGUGAAUAGUUAUGCACGCUCAAGUUUUCUGUUUUUUUUUGUCUUAUUUCUUGUUUGUUUCACAAUAAAAAAUAUGUUGCAUCUUCAAAGUGGUAGGCAUGUUGUGUUGUGUAAAUCAAAUGAUACAAACCCCCCAAAAAUCAAUUUUAAUUCCAGGUUGUAAGGCAACAAAAUAGGAAAAAUGCCAAGAGGGGGUGAAUACUUUCGCAAACCACUGUACAUAAGUAUUCAAACCCUUUACUCAGUACUUUGUUGAAGCACCUUUGGCAGCGAUUACAGCCUCGAGUCUUCUUGGGUAUGAUGCUACAAGCUUGGCACAUCUGUAUUUGGGGAAUUUCUCCCAUUCUUCUCUGUAGAUCCUCUCAAGCUCUGUCAGGUUGGAUGGGCAGCGUUGCUGCACAGCUAUUUUCAGGUCUCUCCAGAGAUGUUCGAUCAGGUUCAAGUCCGGGCUCUGGCUGGGCCACUCAAAGACAUUCAGAGACUUGUCCCGAAGCCUCUUCUGUGUUGUCUUGGCUGUGUGCUUAGGGUCGUUGUCCUGUUGGAAGGUGAACCUUCACCCCAUUCUGAGCGCUCUGGAGCAGGUUUUCAUCAAGGAUCUCUCUGUACUUUGCUCUGUUCAUCUUUCCCUCGAUCCUGACUAGUCUCCCAGUCCCUGCCGCUGAAAAACAUCCCAACAGCAUGAUGCUGCCACCACCAUGAAUCACCGUAGGGAUGGUGCCAGGUUUCCUCCAGACGUGUCGCUUCGCAUUCAGGCCAAAGAGUUCAAUCUUGGUUUCAUCAGACCAGAGAAUCUUGUUUCUCAUGGUCUGAGAGUCUGAGAUUUCUAUAGGGGCCUUUUGGCAAACUUCAAGCAGGCUGUUAUGUGCCUUUUACUGAGGAGUGGCUUCCGUCUGGCCACUGUACCAUAAAGGCCGGAUUGGUGGAGUGCUGCAGAUAUGGUUGUCCUUCUGGAAGGUUCUCCCAUCUCCACAGAGGAACUCUGGAGCUCUGUCAGAGUGACCAUCGGGUUCUUGGUCACCUCCCUAAACAAGGCCCUUCUCCCCCGAUUGCUCAGUUUGGCCAGGCGACUAGCUCUAGGAAGAGUCUUGGUGGUUCCAAACUUCUUCCAUUUAAGAUUGAUGGAGGCCACUGUGUUCUUGGGGACCUUCAAUGCUGCAGACAUUUUUUGGUACCCUUCCCCAGAUCUGUGCCUCGACACAAUCCUGUCUCGGGGCUCUACGGACAAUUCCUUCGACCUCAUGGCUUGGUUUUUGACAGGCACUGUCAACUGUGGGACCUUAUAUAGACAGAUGUGUGCCUUUCCAAAUCAUGUCCAAUCAAUUGCAUUUAUCACGUGGACUCUAAUCAAGUUGUAAGAACAUCUCAAGGAUGAUAAAUGGAAACAGGAUGCACCUGAGCUCAAAUUUAGAGUCUCAUAGAAAAUAAAUUAGCAAAAAUGUCUAAAAUCCUGUUUUCGCUUCGUCGUUAUGGGGUAUUGUGUAUAGAUUGAUGAGGAUUUUUGUAUUUAUUUAAUCAAUUUUAGAAUAAGGCUGUAAUGUAACAAAAUGUGGAAAAAGAUAAGAGGUACGAAUACUUUCCGAAUGCACUGUAUAUAAGACACAACAGCCAGCAGGAAGUGUGAGUGCGUGUGUUCUUGCAUGCGGGAGGUGCUUGGGAACUCUCGUUCAGUUACUGUCCCAUAUCAAAUUAGUACCUAAUCAGAGGGUUCCCAUAGAGCCGUCUCCUUUAUGGAAGUGUAAAUACUGUAAUUGGCUGUAAUGCACAAUGCUACGACACGCUAAUGACUGACAGAAUUAAUAGGAGCUUCUUUUUUUUUUUGUGGUGGUGGGGGAUUCAUUGAUGUGGUUUUCUGUUCCGAUGUCCUCCUCCUACUCUACUGUACACACACACACACACAUCCUUCUCCUCCUGUGUGCCUAAUGAAGUCCCUGGGGCCGACCCCACCUGAGGGAGAGAAGGAAGGGGGGUAUAAUUCCUCUUUAAUUCCUGUAGCGGUAAUUAAAAGUGAAAUAAGACAUAGAGAGGUGUUAGUUUGCGUCCCAAAUGACACCCUAUUGCCUGUAUAGUGCACUACUUUUGACCAAGCCCCAUAGGGUCCUGGUCAAAAGUAGUACACUUUAUAGGGAAUAGGGUUCCAUUUGGGGUGCUGACUUUCUCUCUCCUGGCUCAUAGUGAGAUGUUAGUGUUCUAUCUCCCCGGCAGGCAGGCAUCACAUCUUUAAAGUGCCAGAGGAGAUUAGGAUGAUUUGGAGGAAGAAGGAGAGGAUAAUGAUGAUGAUGCAAUGAUGAUGAUGUCAUACUGGUUAGGUGUGCCCCAGUAUUCUGAUAUCCUGAGGUGGUCAUUCCACUGCCGUAAUGAUGCAAGCCUCUUGUUCAGCAGCCAUUUUACACUAACAAUUGUAUUUAUUUAACUCUAAACAUGCAAAUGUCUGGAUAAGUGUCUCGGUAGAGCAAUGAUCUCUAUGGCUGACCUUGAGCUUUGCGUCUUUAAUUUGCAGGCAUGCUUAUUGCCAUUGUCAAAGCAGAACACUCAAACUAUAAUAAUUCAGCUGUAAGAAACUGAAUCUCCAUGCAGCAUGAGUCAAACCCAUCAACUGUGAGAUACUCUUUGAACAAGGUGCUGAGGCAUGGCUCAUUUACUAGUUAUCUCAUAGAAAAUAUAGAUAGAACUCAGAGUUCCAGCAGCAGCCCUUCCUUACACUGCAACUGUGUGUGUGUGUGUGUGUGUGUGUGUGUGUGUGUGUGUGUGUGUGUGUGCACGUGCGUGCGUGCGUGCGUGCGUCUGGCUGUACAUGGUGUGAUAGUGCGUCUGGACCUACGAAUAUGUGUGUCUUGCGCUGGGCUGGGUUGGCUCUCACAUGUUUGUAGGGAUGCUUGACAGAAACAGAAUCACAUCGACACAACUCACGGCUUCACACUGCCCUCUAACGUUGAUCUAGUAGAACUGGACCCCAGCCGCAAUGCUGCGGUUUUCACACUGGCUUGAAUAGAAUAGACACUUAAUCUGUCAGCAGCAUAACUUAAUGAAAAUACACCCAGCCUCCAUUAUCAGCACAAGCGCCUCUCAGAUGACAGUAGGACCACUCAGGGCUCAACAUGGAUACUGUAGGUCAAUGGGGAUGUAUUGAAGUGUAACUUACAUCCCUUGGUGUUAUAAUGUUAUCCUCACCCUGACGUGUCCCAUGUCCCGUGUCCCCAGGCAGCAGAAGGCCUACAUGGCCACCCAGGGCCCGCUAGCAGAGACCACAGAGGACUUCUGGAGGAUGCUGUGGGAACACAACUCUACCAUCGUAGUCAUGCUUACUAAACUCAGAGAGAUGGGAAGAGUGAGUGGCAUUGAUACAGUAUACACGCACACACGCAAGUACACACACACACACAUCAGUCAUGCCAUGGAUAGUAUUGUGUUGCGAUAGUUUUUGACUCUAUCAUUGUGUCUGUCUGUCUCUUAGGAAAAGUGUCAUCAGUACUGGCCAGCUGAGCGCUCUGCCAGAUACCAGUACUUUGUAGUGGACCCCAUGGCUGAGUACAACAUGCCCCAGUACAUCCUCCGAGAGUUCAAGGUCACAGACGCCAGGGUAUGUCCAUCUCUCCAUCCAUCCUCCCUCUUCUCCCUAGUAACUUAUAUCUCUCUGAUCUACGUAGAGGGCUAAGCGGUGCGCUAAGUUUAUCUUUCUAAUGAAUUGAAAAGUGCUGCUGUGCAAAGGUGAGGAAAAUAACAUGGGAGGUGUUUUUCAACCCACACAUAGUGCUGUGGCUAUGCUCUGCUGUUUUGCUUAUAGAAAUACAUUCUGCACUUUACAGCACAGACAUAAAGAGCUGUAAAACACACUGUAGAAAACAUACUGCUUGCAUUAUUCAAAUUCUGCAUGUAUAAUGCUUUAUAAAGUGUCAUAAGCAUGUAUGAGCCUUUAUAAUGUCUUAUAAUAAGGCUUAGAGAAAUGACUCACUUUAUGUCCCUCAUCCACCCCUCACCACCUCUCAGGAUGGCCAGUCUAGGACCAUUCGGCAGUUCCAGUUCACUGAUUGGCCAGAACAAGGGGUGCCAAAAACUGGAGAGGGCUUCAUUGACUUCAUUGGUCAAGUGCAUAAAACCAAGGAACAGUUUGGCCAGGAUGGACCAAUCUCUGCGCACUGCAGGUAAGAAAAACUGAUGAGUGUGUGUGUGUGUGUGGUGUGUGUGUGUGUGUGGUGUGUGUGUGUGUGUGUGCGUGCGUGCAUGCAUGCUUGUACUGUGUGUGUAUAGUACUAACUCUCCCUGUCCUGUUCCCCCACAGUGCUGGUGUUGGGCGGACUGGUGUGUUCAUCACCCUGAGUAUCGUGCUGGAGAGGAUGAGGUACGAGGGGGUGGUGGACCUCUUCCAGACUGUCAAGACACUGAGGACCCAGAGACCUGCCAUGGUGCAGACAGAGGUACAGUACAGUCACACAGCUUUGGUGGGAGUCUGGGAGGGACUGGGUAGCGAGGGGGUGGGAGUACAGGUCCUCUCCUAGAUAGAGGUAUUUAAGCAAAGCAGGGAUUCAGUUAAAAUAGCUGGUUUAUCCAAUUGAAAUAGAGUAAGAUUUCCAAUGUAUUCAUUACACAUGACAAAUAAACUUAAAACAAUUUAUUUGCAUUGAUACAAACACUCUCCCAGGAGAAAUUGGUACCAUGAUUAUAUUCUAGUAGAUCUCACCUGUUGACUGACUCUGAUGUUGUUCCCCUCUGUUCCCCUCCCAGGACCAGUACCAGUUGUGUUACAGGGCAGCUCUAGAGUACCUUGGAAGCUUUGACCACUAUGCAACAUAAUAACCACUCCCAGAAUGCACUGGGACUCCUGGGGUUCAGGAGCGCCACCCGUGUGUCCCUUCUGAGCUAUAUCCAUACUGUCCAGAAACUGCCGGAGGGGCGAGGGGAGAGGGGGGAGGAAGAGGAGUGAGGAGGAGUGGGAGAGAGCACAAGUCCGACUGGACGACCGUCAAUCAGGUGGAGCAGUACUCCUGGACUGA